CAAAGGGUAGACCUUACUAGAUUUUUGUUAGCCAGGCCCCAGAUUGAGGUCCAUGCGCUGAGAGUGCAGGCUCCACCAUUUCCUUUGCCCCACCUCCUCUCCACAGUGGCUGCCAUGCGUCUGUAUCAGAGAGACAGAAUUCAGCCGGUCACAGGAUAAACAGCUGCUGAGAAACAGAGGGAUGGGGUUGGGUGGAGAGUGGAACAAACAGAGCUACAAUUACUUCUGACACGGUGUGGGGCACUAUAUCAUAGCAAGCGCAGUAAAUAUCAGUGCAUGUCUGGAUUCAUUCUGCUCUCCAAACCAGUUGGAACAAAAACAACAUACACAGAGGGAGUGAGAAUCCCUGCUCUAAACUCUACCCCUUAAGGUAAAGAGGGUAGCACUGCUAAGACACUCACUUCCACGUGAUCUCUAUUUUUUGGUUCUCAGUAAACGUACUUGGAAAAGUACUUUACUCCUUACAAGUGAACAGAGCAUUCAACUGCAUGAAUCAUCUCCAAUCAUUUCUGAGCUAGUCUAAAUUGAGACUCCAUUAGUCUUUCAAAAGUCCAUUAUGGAUGCAUGAAGUACUUGUUUUGACAAGGUUUCCACAGUGAGUUGAGGGAAAAAAAAGGCACAUGAGAACCCUGUGGUCUCAAUGAGUGAGUGUCGAUGUCCUCCUUGGACAAUAUCCUUUGGCGAACUGCAUUAGGCAUCGGUGCCAAGCUUAAACCUCAAAGUAACGAGUGUCAAUUUGUCUAAUAUUCAUCGCUUAAUUUCCCCUGACCCAACUGGCCCAACUGGGCAAUUGCCAUAUACAGAUUAACUGAGGCAAUUCCAAAAAUGGGAAGCUAUAAAAUGCUUCUGGAGGUACUCUGCAUGCACAUUAUAUUUCAGCUGAACUACAGUAUAUAAAUAGCAAGAAAAUGUUUAAAAUGUGUCACUGAACCCCUGAGAAAUUUACUUUGACCGUUCCAUAAUGGAAUGGAACGUCAAACAAGUGCUGUGUUAACAUGAUGAGAAGCUGCUGUAAUCUAUUAUUCUCACCUUCCCUUUGAGAGUCAUCAUCAGCAUCAUCAUCAUCAUCACCAUCAUCAUCAUCACCACCAUCAUCAUCGUCAUCAUCAUCAUCAUCAUCAUCAUCAGUGACACUUUGUGGUCCGCAGCAGUGCACAUUCCUGACUCAGAUCUCAGCCUAUGUCCACUACAGGAGCCCGCUGCCUGUGUUAUGAAUGACCAGCCCUCGGCAGGAGAACAGAAGCCCGGAGACUAUGGCAGCAUCCUGGGGGACAGCGACGACAGCGGGGAAGAGCUCAGUGCGGAGAGUGUGCUGGAGUCGUCCUGGGAGAACCUCCCCAUGCUGGAGCGCCUAGGACUCAGCAGUAUGGAGAUGACAGAACAGGAAGUGGAGGACUCCUUCGUGCAGCUGGCCCUGGCCUUCCGCUGUGACCAGUACACUCUGAAGAGGCGGCUGCAGGCCGAGGAGCACGACCGCUCUGUGGCUGAGGAGAACCUCCAUCAGGAACUGGAGAGGACCAAGGACACGCUGCAGUCCCUUAAGGUGAGGUGUCAGGACAGGGAACGUACAGCGGUCCUGGAGAAACUAGAGCUCAGUUUGGAGAACAUUGGAGGAACGAUGGAGGAGAUUGUCACCGCUGCUGAACAGCUGGGCACUGUGCACCAGGAGGCCCGUGUGACCCACGCAGUGGAGCUGAUGGUGUCCCACGUGCAGAACCUGAGCCGUCGCCAUGCCACAGAGAGUUCCGAGCUGGAGGAGACCAGGCGGCUGGUGCACAGGACGCGCGGACGUAUGUACAGUGAUUCCACAGAUGAUGGCGAUAUCAGACACUGUCUCAUAAGGCAACCUUCCCAGCAGUAUCUCACUCGCAGAAGAGUUAGCAUCACGCUAAUACCAACAAUGGCUCAGAUCAAUGACCUGGAGUCAAAAUUACCUGAAACUGUCACGACCAUUGGGGAUGCUGACUCUGUGGGAUCAGAGAAAGCUAUUGGACUACCCGGUUCCUCGAAAGAAAUUUUGUCAAAGACCUGCCUCCCCGAAUCCCGAGAGGAUAGCCCCCCUGCACAACAGCUGGGGCUGCCCACAAACAGCCCUCAAAAAGAAGAAGAUCUUGACACCAAUUAUAUUAAAAGUCCAUUACAGGACACUCUGUGUCACAGGAGGAAGUAUGUGGCAGCAAAGGAAGCUGAGGAAGUGGAGUCGGAGGAAGACCAGGGCUUGGGCGCAGGGAGCGACCUCCAGUUCAGUGACUCCGAACAAGUUUCCUCUGAAUUAUCUACACCCUUGAACGAAGAGCACCCCCCAAUGGCCUGGCGGUCUCACUGCUACUGGACACUUCUCUGGAUUUUUCUGAUUGCACUUUACUUAGUGAUACUGUUGGGAGUCUUACUCUGGCGCCUAAGAGCUCCCCUCUUCUGGCUAUGAUUCCCCUAUACCGAUGCACCAGCUACGAGAGGCACUCAGCUGCUCAAGAUUGCAUGCAAAUUUGACUCUGAGAAAAAAGGACCGAGGUGCUGCUGACAUCCAAGGUCACCAUGGCUACCGUCUGUCGAAUGUACCCAGUAGAAUGCGUGAUGUAACAGACCUGCAUUGACUCAGUUAAAUCUUUAAGGAGUAAAGUCGCAAAUUUGUGAUUAGAAUGUUCUUAAGUGAACAUUCCAAUACUGAUGUUACUAUUGGUAAUUGAAUGCAUUGGAGUUCUAGAACACUGGCUUAGACUUUUGAAAAAACAUUCCUAAAAACCUACCCUUCAAAAGGACAAGGAAAUAAAACACAUUUGUAGUCAACAUUAGUUAAUUAUUUUCAGGAAAGCCUUGGCACUAUAGACAUACAGGCAGUCCUUCCAGAAGCCCUGGGUUUUUCCACUGGUCUGCAGGCGAGGAGUGCUCCAUGACUAGCCAAAUCCAGCAGCAGCCUUGCUUUCCCUGGAGGUCUCGCAUCCAAGAAUUUAUCUUCACAAUGCAAAGAUAUAUUAUGUGUCAUAUUUUUGAAAUCUUUUUUGUCACUAAUAACUUUCUCAAGGUGUUUUUAUAAUAUUUAAAGCAUCAAUUUUAGAGACAUCAAGGAGAGUAAAGACUUCCAGUGUAAUUUCUGAGAAGGUUGGCCUGGACUGUACGGAGGUGGAAAGGACUUCAUCUGCGGUGCGUUCAGUUACACACACGGUUUAUUUUGAACUGCUGCAUUUAAACACUUGUAGUUGAACCACAGAUUCUUGUGACUAUCCAGAUUGAACAUUGACAUUUCACGUUGACAUUAAAAUCAUAUUUCUCCCUGUAUGCUGACAACAUUGUUUACAUUUUAGAAAUCUGGCCCUCAGUCCUUAAUACUGUUUAAUAAACUUGGCUGUUUGUCUUCGUAUAAAAACAA